AUGAUUCCAGAGCAAGCUCCGCGCGAAAUUUUUGCUCUCCGCUAUCUGGUUCCUUGGAAGCUGGGAAGCUGGAUCUCGGAUCUCUUCGCAGCAAUUGGCACAGCUAUCUCUUUGGAUGCCUUGGCUUCAGUCCCGCAGAGUGUUAAUAUCUCUCCCCAGAGCAACAUCUGCAACAUCCCUCAAAUAGUUUCAUUUGAGGGAGUCAUAAGUCUUUCCAUCGUCACACCAUUCUCAUAUUUAAUUAUCCUUCAGACUCGCUUCGCUUUAGGCCUAUGGGAAUACCAAGCAAGUCAAAACUUAACUUCAGGCAGAGUAGAUCUCUCCCAUGAAAGGACCUUUUAUGAUGAAAGAAGGGCCUUAAAUCCGAGAUUCAGGGAGGGAGCUGAGAUAAGACUCCAAUCUCCGAGUAGUUCCGUGACCACACGUCGUCAUUUUCAUGCGGCCUCAUUAAUUGAAAAUGCCCUACUACCACAUGCAUCUUAA